CACACUACAAAACUUGAUUAUAAUUCAGAUUCUGUUUUUCAACUUGCUAUGCAGAUUUUUAACAAGCUGCCAGAGUGUCAACAUAGUGAUUUAUUAAGCCUUAUACAAGAUGCUUUAGAUGCUGCAAAUUAUAAAGAAAUUAAGAUUUCUAAGAUCAAGCAUAAGUAUAAUCAUCCUUCUAAUAACAAGCAUAUCUGCAAUACUUUUGAAAAUAUUGUUAAAAAACCUAAAGUUGAGAAAUUAGAUGAUAAUAAUGCUACAAUGUCUAUAAAGCUUGUCUUACAUAUUUCUCAAAAUACAGUAUCAGAG